AUGGCGGUCCAACAUCUACCCCGUCGUGAUAUUUUUACAAGCCGGCACAAGGGGGAACUUGAAACUGAACAGAAAGUUCGUAAAGCCUACUAUGAGAAAUUAAGUCAAUGGAAAGAUGAAGCGCUUCAACUGUUCAAAGCUCAUCACAUCAACUACUUGACUCGAAAAUUAGUUAACCUUCCAACUAGUUUUGAAAAUCUGGAUGCCAGCCAACCGUGGCUUGCGUAUUGGAUUGUUCACUCCCUCAGACUUCUUAAUUUCACGAUUUCCGAUGAAACAAAGGAACAACUAAUUCGGUUUUUGGCAUCAACCCAGCAUGUGGAUGGUGGUUUUGGAGGCGGCCCGUAUCAGUUCUCACACCUCGCUCCAACUUACGGUGCUGUCAACUGUCUAGUUUCUUUGUGCCGUGCAGACGCCUUGCAGGUCAUAGAUCGAGACAAACUGGCCAAUUGGCUUCGUCGAUUACGUCGUCCAGACGGAUCACUGAUCAUGCACAUUGGUGGUGAGUCUGAUGUGCGCGGAGCAUACUGUGCAGCUGCGGUUGCCAAGCUAACCGGUAUUCUUGAUAAGCAUCCCGAUCUGUUCGCCGGGACGGCUGAAUGGGUUGCGCGUUGUCAGGUCUGUUAUUUCUCAUUGCAUCCUCCUUUUUAUGCUACCGUGACGUGUGUGUAUGGUUUCCUAGAGAAAAACCCCUUCGUCGGUGUGGGCUGCCGCGAAGUAUAUCAUAUACCCAUUUGGAAAACCCUGUUUCACAUCUGUCCACUUCGUCUUCCCACUCCCUGGACGGAGUCAAGCGUCCAAGGCGCCCAAUACACAUACAUGCCCAAUUGA